AAGGAGCGAUCCCCAACGCCACCAUGUUCAAACUGGAGUCCUACAUCACUCCGAUUCUGCUGAACUACGUGGCCAAGUAUGUCAAGAACUUCCGCGACGAGGAUGCCCAGGUGUCGCUGUGGGAGGGCGAGGUCACCUUCCAGAAUUUGGACCUGCGGCUGGAGGUGCUCGAGGAGGAGCUCAAUAUGCCCGUGGAGCUGGUCUCCGGCCACAUCCACGAGCUGAGCAUACAGGUGCCCUGGACCAAGCUGAUGUCCGAGCCGGUUAAGAUCGUCAUCAACACGAUCGAGUUCGUGGCCAAGCUGCCGGACAGCGAGAGCAAGCAGCGCCGGGCCUCGUUCCAGCAGGAGCAGCGCAGCAAAGCGCAGCGAACGCAAGACGAGGCGGCGGAGCAGCAGCCCAAGAGCUCCGCCCCGGCCAGUAGCUCCAGCGUGGUGAACAAGAUCAUCAACAACAUCACGCUGCAGUGCAACAACAUCAUCCUGAAGUACGUGGAGGACGACAUCGUGGUCUCCAUGAACGUACAAUGCCUGAACUUUACCUCCGCCGGCGAGGACUGGAAGCCCGCCAUGGUGGAUGUGCAUCCCGUGUCCGUGGUCAUGAGAAAGCUGCUGCAGAUAUCCGAUUUGACCAUCUGCCUGGACAAGCGGAACACGGACGGCCGAAUAGAUGUGUGCCAAGAGCCGGUGCUCUAUCGCUGCAGCCUGGAGUGUCGCGUGCUCCGCAAAUACAAUGCCAAAACAGUGAGCACCUCCAGCACCACACGAAUAGGAGUGCUUACCAAGGCGUUGGACAUCAAUGUGUCGUCUUUGCAAUUCCCAAUGAUGAUGAGACUGGCCAAAAUGCUCAUCGAACUAAAACCGGCUGCAUCCGAGGAGGAACCGGCGAACCCGAAUAACCAGACGGAGGAUACAACCGAAAGCCACGCGGCACAGCAGGAAGCCGAUCCCCCUGGACAGAGCCUGCUCUGGAGGGCCUGGAACAUGCUGCCCAGCUUUGAGGCUGAGGCGCCUCCCACGGUGUGCGACGAACGGAUGGGCCACGCCUUCGACAUAGGCAUCUACGCCGAGGAGCUGAACUUCCAGCUCAAGAACUCUGAGUACUUCACCGAUCAGAGCAUGGGCGGCAUCAAGCGGAUACGCUACACCCCGAUCCUGCGGAUCAGCCUGGGCGGGCUCUACUACGAGCGGUCGGAGUUGAAGGAGUGCGACUGGACGAACGUAAAGGCGGGGCUGUCCAGCAUGUGCAUGGAACCGAUGGGUGCUUACCGAAGCGAGGAGCAAGUCGAUCGCAACCUGGUCAACACGGAGUCGUUCAUAGACGAGCGCUCCUUCAUCGACAAGAGCCUGUUCGACGAGCACUACAUGUUCGCCGAUCGGAUGUGGUGCAGCUACAACUACGAGGACUACGUGGCUCGGAACACGGAUGAGUAUAUGCUGUUUCGCAGCCCCGUGCUGGCCUUUGACAUUGUCGAGCACCGUGUGCCGCCCAAGACGAACCACACCAGCCACCAUCCGGUGGCAGAGAGCCAGCUGCGGAUUCAGUACCGUGUGCUGUCCGCCGGAAUCACCUUCCACUUUUCGCAGUCCUUUGCGCAGGUUAAGAAUGUAAUUACCGAUUUAAUUCGUCCUUACGAUUACUCGGGAUAUCAUUCAGAAACGGUGAGCGAUGUGAAGGCUCCUGAGGAGCACGCCGACAUGACUGUGCCGGACUUGGAGUAUCUGGUGGCCCUCGCACCCACGUGCAACUACAAGAUCGAGCUGCGCAACAUGGUAGUUCAGUUGUAUCCGCGCCAGCAGAAGGAGGAGACAUCGUCGAGUAACCAUCACCAACUGACCACCACAGUGAAGCAGUCCCUGUUGCCAUAUUUGCAGCUGAGGCUGUCCCUGGUGGAGGGCACCAUUUGCGGUCCAGCGAAUCCCCAACGCCUUGUCCAGCUCAUCCCUCAUCUGCAGGACAAGCCUCGGGAGGUGCUCAAUGCCUGCUAUAACUGCUACAACUUCGGCAUAAAGAAUGUGACGCUGAUAAUUCUGAACACCAGUCUGGAUGGUGGGCAGGCCAAGCUCUUGAGCAUUCCCCGCAUGCAGGUGACCUUGAACCGCCUGCUGCUGCCUCAUCUCUGGCGGCAGAACGAGGCAGCGGCUUUGGAAAAGGCGGAACUCAAGUCAGAGAUAAUGGCCUUGGAGUUCUCAAAGAGAGAUUUUAUCCUGGCCAAGCGACUGGUUCCUCUGAUCACGAGCUUUGAUGCCUUUGAGCUGUGCCAACUGGCCCAUUUAGUGGCCCAGGUUAAUGUCCAUUCAGAGUUGAUAAAACUGCAAACUGUUUGCACCAAACUGGGCCUAAGCUACCACAAGUAUCACUCCCACUUGGCUGCCGUUGCUUCGCUGCAAGGCAUUCAGGCGGACGUUGUCCAAACCAAAAUGAAUUCUCGAAAUGGUGUGCUUUCCACCUCGCCGAAUGCCAACAACAAGUGGCUAGAGGUGCAGCUCCAGUUACCUCUGGAAGUGGACAAUCAAGAGGAGCAAAAGAAGACUAGGACACCCGGCACUGUGGUGUGCCUUUGGCUGGAACCAUUUCGCAUCACCACGGAUAUUUACCUGCUGCAGUUUCUCAACUUUUCGCAUCAGCGCAGCAAGCCGAAAGCUAAGGAUAAUGAAGCUGACACCGACGUGGAGACACUCAGCCAGUCGGAGACACCUAUUGCUCAAUCUCUCUCCAACUACUCCACCAUAUCCGCCAUGAACGACCUUCAGCCGCGUCGCAUCAGCCGGAACAACAGUCGCAAGAUCUCUGUGCCUGAGGAGACCGUCCAUCUUAGUUCUGAGCGCGAUGAGAAGCAUACCCAGACGGAGCCUAUAAACCCAGUGAUGAGCAGCCAUAAGCCCAAAGCAACUAACUUUGAUCCCAAGCAGCUGGUAGAUCGCCUGAGUAACCUCGUAGUUCUCGUGGAGAUUGCCCAGGCCCAGGUGAACGUGUGCGAGGCAAUGAUGCUUAGAAAGUCAGGAGAAGAGGAUGUUGAGUACACCUCUAUCCGCUUGCCUCAUGUCAAGGUAAAAUCAGGCAAUUGCGACUCCAUCCAGCGUGGCAAUAUCCGAUCCGUGGUCUGGUUGGCCACCCAAGCGGAGCUCUUCAAUUGGGUCAUCGAUCUGAACGAGUUCAAUGUGUGCUGCCGUCGAGCGAAUGUAACCGAGAUGAUAGUGGCUCCAGUUAGGACCACCAUAACCCUGGCUCUGUCCCACAAAGUGGCUGAAGCGGAGCAGCAGCAGAGAACCAGCCAGGUGGCUGAAGCGGAGCAGCAGCAGAGAACCAGCCAGGUGGCUGGAUCGGAGCAGCAGCAGAGAACCAGCCAGGAGAGCCAGGAGAGGAUAAGUGGAGGAUCGGAGGAAGCGUCUGAUCAGGGCACCUACUCCAUAAAUGUUCAUGUGGAUAUGUCGGCCAUCAAUAUAUUCGCUGUGAGGGUAAAACUGUUGCAUGAGCACUGCCAAAUCCUUGCCAAGACGUACGCCUCCCUUUAUCCGGAUGAACCUGCUCCAUUAAAGUGCAAGCCCAUUGAAGUCAAGCCCAGACUAGAAGUUUACACUGGCAGUUCGCAGAACUAUCCGGUGAUCAGGGAGUUCCUGGAGCUAGAUCCCAACUUUGAGGCACCAAAACCUCAUUCCCUUACAGCUCCCAAGAUCUCGCUGGUAAUAUUUUGCCAAUGGACAAUACCCCGAAUAUGCUUGGAAAUGGAGAACACGGUGAAUACUAAGCACAGUAAAAUGGUGACCACCCUGGAGGAUCUUCUUCUGAAUAUCGACAGGCACAGUGACUUUACCAAGAUUACCACAAAAGUGGAAAACUUCAGCCUCAACUAUUACGAGGAGAGGCAGCCUCAAGAUUGGGAAAGAAUCGAGGACUUUCACAUCAAAAUGCUGGGAGAUGGUGGCACAAAUUUGCCUCUAUUGAAUGUGGUGGUCACCACAGUCAGCCUGCAGGAUCUGUAUGCGAAAAUUGGAGCCAGAAAUCCUCGCAACAAGCAGCACACCAUCUCUGAGGUGCUAAUCGAUGUGCAACCAAUAGAGAUGGUGUUGGACUUGGAUCAAAUAACCGAGUUUAUAACACCGCUGUGUGAGGUACUUGAGAUAAUAAAAAGUCCCAGUCCUGAGGAGGCAUCAUCGUCCCAGCCAUCUGUUCCCAGCCAGAUUACCACGGUUCAGGACCUGCCCAUGGUGCAUUUGAACAGCAAGGGCAUCUACGUUUACAUUCCCUUGUCGACGGGCAGAAAGAACUGCAGUGUGCUGCUGCUCAGGAUCGAAAGCAUUCAGCUUACGCCGAGCCUCGAAAAUCCCCUGGUCCGGCAACUCGUCCGUUCGGAUAUCUACCAAAAGGCCGCCGAGCUGAACAUGCUAAAUACUCCCGGCGCCUUGGUCGAGGAUCGCCAGUAUGAGCUAAGCGUUAGGAAGGUAUCCCUGUCCACCGGCAACUGGAAGCAGACACAGAGGUAUCGGCGCGAAAAGAACUUGGCCAGCAAGCACAACAACCCCGCCUUUGAGUGGAACAACCAGAGUCAGGCCACCGAGCUGGACCACAUGGAGAUCUUCAAGGACUUUGACUUUAUCAUGAUCUAUGCUCCGGCCAUAAGCUACGAUCGCUACCUCGUAAGCGGCCAAAGUGUGGAGUAUAAUUGCGUCACAGACUUUGUUUCCUCGCUGAACACACAUCAAAUUAGCCUGAUUUGUUGCAUAUUAGUCCGUAUGCAGCGGCUAAGUUGCAUCAUCGAUGACGUCUGUGUGGCAAAGUGUGCCAAAGAAAGAGCACUUGGCCAGGUAUCCGAACGUAGAAGCACCAGUGACACCGCUUUGUUGUCUUCUACUAAACCCAAAAAAUGCUCUCAAAAGUUUCCUAAUAGAAACUGCCGACAGGAUCUAAAUAACAAGCAAAGGAGCUCUAGUUUCUUGGAUGCCAGAGGGAGUAGUGACAUAUUUUUGGGAUCUUGCCAAAGCGAUUCGGGCAUCAACUUGUCGGGCAGUCGUGGUAGGAGUUAUCAAAGAUCUCUGACUGCCGACGACUGCCUUCAGCGAGGCUAUCCUCGCAGCGUGUCCUUUGUGGCUGGCAUAUUCGUUUUGAAAAUCUAUGAUGUCCUAGAACUGGAGGAUCUGGAACGUCCGGCCAUGAAGCCUCUACUUUUAAUCCUCGUGUCCCAGCCCAGUUUCAUGUCCACACAAAACCUGAAGGCCUCCGUAACUCAAGCCUCCAUUUUUAAUGUCAACGUCAAUGUGGCUACCCCUUCGACAGGGGAGGACAACACGGACUUGGAUCAGUUUAAUGAGCCCAUCUUUGACACAUUACCUGGCCAGUUGAGCAGCUCGGGGAUUCCUCCUCCCCUGCUGACCAUGAGGACCCAGUACGAUCGCCUGCAGCAAAAGGAAGUGGAUGUGGACCUGCGAAAGCCCAUCCUGCUGCGAUUGUGUGAGACGCGAGUGAAGCAACUGGCCAGUGAUGUGAUCCGCAUUUACACGGUUCUCAACGAGACUCCCUGCUUUGCCGUGCGCAGCCAGCGUCCCGUGGAGGAAGGCUCGCAGCUCCGGCAGAUGAAGACGAACUGCUACAACGCAGAUAGGUUGCAUUUAUCCAGCGAUCGCAUCACCAUCAAGUUCUACGACGAGGAACGGUCGUACAAGUGCAGCCUGGUGUGCCUGGACUUUAGCACCCGCAUCAAGUUCAGUGCCCGACCCCAAAAGGCUGUCAUUAGGUCCACCUUGGGUUCCAUCUAUGUCCAGUCGGGGGGCAAGAUGUUGCUGCAUCCGUUGCUGAUGCGUUUGUCGGUGGAUCUGGUCAGUGAGCCAUGGUGCGACGAACUGUUGAUCAAUGCCACCUUCAAGUUGAACUUCCUGCACGUAGAUGCAGCUGUUCUGAGUAUUCUGCAGCUGCAAAAGGCACAGGAUGGUGUCAAUCGCAUACGGGAGUAUGCCAAUGAGGAGUGGCAGCAGUUCCUCUAUCGUCGUCCUGUGCUGGGAACUCCUGAGGAGAUCCCACCCUGCGAUCUAAUCAAGUGCACGCCGUCGAAUGAGUCCAUAGAGAGAAUCAAAAGGCCUUUGAAUUCUACGGCUGAAUUUUACCAGGAUGAUCUUAGAGCUGGCGCCUUUCAGUUUGUGUAUUUAAACUCAGAGUCCGUGCUGCCCAUGCCCUACCAAGUGCAGAUCAUCAAGAAGAACUAUGGAAUUAUUUGUUGGCGCUACCCACAGCCCCGGCAGAUGACCAGCAUCCUUAUAUAUCCAGUGCCCAUGCCAGUUAGUCAUCCCAUUCAAAUCAGAUGCCGCAUGGAGUACUUUAGUGAGACACACGAAACCUUUCUCCACUACUGCGAUUUCCUGCUCUCGGAGACCGCCACCAGGCAGUUGACCCCACCGGAUCGUCCCAUCUGUGCCACCAUCUGGAGGGUGGUCAUUCUGCAGUCCCUGAUCGCUGUGGAUGGCACUUGUUUUGAGGGCGACACGGAUGAGGAUCUUUCGAUUGAGUACAUCCACUCCGACUUUAAGGCAGAUGAAACCAAUGACUUUAUAUUGCAUCCCAAAGUUCUGGUGGGUUGCAUGCGCAUCGAUACGGUUUUUAGGCCCGAGCAAGUGCCAAAACUGCAGGUGUUGCUCUGCUGCCAGGACAUUGAACUGAACUUUCUGAAUCAGCCAGAAGUUGGCGGAGAGCUGCCACCACUGCUGAAGGAGUACAGCCUCAGGCAGCCCCUGAAUACCAGCCAAACUUUUCUCACAGUGCACGUGGAAGACCUGCAAAUGCAUUCUACGAUUUAUUCUGGACAGGAUUUCAGCUUGCAGACCGAACUAAGGAGUCGAGUCAAGUGCCUGGACUAUGGUUUCCUCAAUAUGCUGGACAUUGUGGAGCCCCUGAAGUUCACCAGUUACGUGAGAGUUAGCCAGUGUCCCAGAGCCUCGGUGGAGGCUAACUUCGUGGUGGACAAGCUGCGCUUCAACUGCGGCCCCUAUGUGAUCCACACUUUGCUGAGUUCCAAGCAACAUUGGCAGCAGGUGUUGCAGCAACGCGAGUCCCGUGACGCCUUCAUGCCCAAGUGCCUGAUAGUUAACCGCAUGCAGAUACCCUUUGGUUUUGGCCAAACGGGGACUGUGGAAAGGAUCACUGUGGCGCCCGGUGAAGUGCAGUUCUAUCACUUCAGAAGCUGUGCUUUCCGUCAGGAGCUUACCUUCUUCCUCGCAAAUCUGCAGGAAGGGCAGAAAGUCGUGUCGAGUGACUCCGUUCACAUACCUUUAAAGUUCGAGGAGGAGCACAGAGUGCAGCACUUAAGGGUGGGAGACUGCUGUCUAACGCUCAAGAUGUCCAAGCUGUCGGCCACUCAGAUAUAUAUUCUGGUCAAGGGUCAAAUUGAAGUGAUGAGCAUGGUGCCCCACAGCCUGAUCACAGAGUUUCGCGUGGAUGGAGAAGAGAAUGGCCCUGGGGAACACCUGUUGUCCCCCAAGGAGAGAUUCUUGUCUUUCUACCAGCCCGUAAAGCGUUGUGCUGAUAUUAAUAUGCGCUUGAAGCUAUGCUCUGGUCAGGGCAAGGGCCGCACUGGUGACAUCCCCCUGAAGCCCAACAACAACAAUCUGCCUUGGUUGGUAAAAGUGCCCACGCAAGCGGCCCAGCAAUUCAUCAGCUUGUGGGUUCGAAUCUUGCGCGAGGACAUAGAGAUGGAGCAUCUUGACGAGGAAUUUCAGCCACAGAAAAUUCUAAUCUGCAUUUGGCCCAUCUUCGAGGUGUGCAACAUGCUCAGCUGUGAUAUUCAGGCCAUUGAAAGUACCAGUGGGGAGAUGGCCACCAUUGCAGCAAAGGGCGGAAGUUGGCCUCUAAACACGGCCACCACUCAUGCCACCGAGCAUAAGGUUUCCUUUAAUUUUCCAGCUCCUUUGGGGGUCACUUCUGAGAGCGAGUACACGAUGAUGCUGAAGACCAUGGACUGGCACAAGUUCUUCAAUUACGAUUCCAGCGUUUGGACCAUUGAGAAUGCUCUGGACAAACUAAGCAAAAACCCAGAAGUCAAGUGGCCACUGAACGAUCCUGAAGAGCUGCGCCUGCAACGCGAGGUGAAGAUGCCUGGCCAAAGUCCAUUUGAUGUCAGAUACCAUACCAGUGCCACGAGGGAGUUUUCGUGUACUUUGGGACUCAAUGUGAGUGCCUGGGGCAUGUUUAUCAAUUCUACAGGGUUGGAGGUGAGCCUGCGCACGAUCAAGGACCCAGCACGGAUUCGCAUCAAAGCCAAUGGCUUGGAAAUGCUGCCAAGGAUAACAAGUGCCUUCUGCAUUCAAGUUUUCUACAACUCCGAGUGGUUUACUUCAACGAACAUUUGCUUGGAAGAGCAGUCGGCCAACAAUGCGGGAAGAACCAUGUCCUUGCGCUGCAAUUCCUUUGUGGACGUUGUAUUAGUCGAAAAGGAUCAAGUAUUCCGUUUAAUGCUGGAAUACAAACAGGAAGCCGACGGCCGCCGUGUUUUCAAACUGCAUUCCAAGUUUGUAUUGAGCAAUUUUACGGAUGUAAACCUCAAUGCUUUGCCCUUGGCAAUGGAUCACAAGGAGUCGGCCUCGCGGGAAGAAGUAGAUGCCUAUGCCUUUGCCAAGGAACCCCGGAGUCUAACGUCUGCGGAGGCCAACAAGAACUGCAUUGGCACAUCCCUGGAUGUUUUUUACGAUCUUGGCCACAAACACAACUGUGAUACUGCCUUCGUGUACUUCGUUUGCUUCAGUGUUGGCGGCCAUCGGGACAUUUCCAUACCCAUUCCCCUGGCCAUACCAUUCGCCAGACGCUGCUUCAGCUUGCAGGCGGGACGCGAAUCCAUUCCCCUGAUGAUCACCCUGAUUGAGAAGGACAAUGUGCUCUAUCUGAACGUGUUCCGGGACACGGCGCCAGCCAUUAUCAUCAGCAACAAUACGAAUAUCAAGUUUAUAGUGGCCCAAACGAGUGCCUCGGAGAACAGCAAUGUUAGCGUCACCAAUUCCGAGUUUGUGGGCAGGCACUUCGAGUGGAAUCAGUUGGUGCUGGCCCACAGCAAGUGCUAUUAUACCCCACCGCAGAUGUAUGCUAAUUUUCCGGACGUGGAGUUCACCAUGUGCAAUCUAUCCCUGGCGGUAUAUAAAGGUGGACAGUGUGGCAAAAACAAAAUUGGAUGGUCGAAGCCGGUGAGAACCGACAAGACGUGGCAGAAGUUCCUUCACAUACCCAACCACGGCGAUGUGAAGGUGGUGGUCUGUGAUAAGCAUCGGGUUAUCCGGCUGAACAUCUAUUACAUAGCUCAGCAGCUGGAGUUUUCGGUGAAGGACUUGCGUUCGCGCCUAACCAAGCCAGAAAAUAAUUUAAUGCCAGCCGAGGAUCAAGAGCUUCUCAGUUCCGAGGAGAAGGCAUCCGAAGAGCAAGAUCCCCUGCCGGUUAUGGUGGCCUGUUCCCACUUUAGUGAGGAAUGCGAAACAAAGCUGCAGACCAAGAUUAGGGUCUUCAUCAAGAGCCUCGUGUUCAGUCUGCAGACGGACAACCGGGAAAAUGACUACCUAAAAACCGAAGUGUGCAAUAUCUACGCCGACGACCUAAUGGCCAUCUAUGACGACAUCGAUGAGGGCAAGGAGGAUCGGCGGGAGCUCCGCCUGCAGUUGCCCAACCUGCAAGUGGACAACCAGCUGUACUCCAGCGGAAAGUACGAUUUCCCAGUGCUGCUUUGCGCGGAGAAACUCUACAAGCGGAACUGUGCCCUGCCCCAGGUUUACUACUUGGAUGCCGUUUACCAGCAGCAGCCGCUACGAGCUCCCGUCUCCCUGUUCACCUUUGUCUUCUACCAGGAUGAGAUGCAGCUGCAGAGUGUUCGCUGCGAGAUUCCCCCGUUUCGCGUCUACAUCGAAGACGCCUACCUCAACCAGCUGCUGGAGGCACUCGUGGAGUGUGAGCCGUCCCAUUGUGUGUAUAGUCCGGCUGUGGAGCAGGAUAGGAUCCUCCUCUCUGCCGGGCAAACCCUGCUUCCCGACCAGGUUGUGGCCCAGUCCUUGUACAUAUCGGAGCCGCUGCGACUCAAUACUUUCACGGUGGAGCCACUGAGUCUUCUGCUUUCCGUCCAUACUUCGUCGAGGCUGUACAUAGCCUUGGAUCAUUCCCCGCUUUCCUUCUCCCGCUACGAGCGGCAGCAAAUCCUCACAGUUCCCCUGCGAUUCGGGCAAUCCUUGGGUCUGCACUACCUCAGCGGAGCCAUCUUUGGCGCUGGCUGGGUAGUUGGUUCCCUGGAGAUCUUGGGGAGUCCUAGCGGACUGGCUCGCUCGUUUAGCACCGGUCUCCGGGACUUUGUGUCCAUGCCGGUGCAGGGACUCUUCCGCGGACCCUGGGGCUUCCUGGUGGGCGUGACCCAAGGCUCUGCCUCUCUGCUGCGCAACGUGACCGCUGGGACAGUGAAUUCCGUGACAAAACUGGCUGGGUCAGUGGCCCGGAAUCUGGACAGGCUGACUCUGGACGCCGAGCACAUCGAGCUGACGGAGGCCAGGCGUCGGGCAAGACCCCAGGGCUUUGCCGAUGGAUUGACACAGGGUCUGACGGGUCUGGGUAUCAGUUUACUGGGCGCCGUAGGUGGUCUAGCUCAUCACACCUUGGAAGCGCGCUCUUCCGUCGGGGUUAUCGCUGGCAUCACCAAGGGCAUCGUUGGGGCGUUCACGAAACCCAUCAGUGGAGCUGCCGAGAUGCUGGCACUCACGGGUCAGGGUGUUCUCCAUACGGUGGGCUUCAAUACGAUGCCCCAGCAGGUGGAGCCGAGUAUGACGAGGAACGUGGCGCUACACGGCAGCUCCUCGCGCAUUUGGAGCUAUCUGCCCGAGGAGUUGAGCCACGAUCAGGUGCUGUUCUUCUGCGAAAUCACCCUGCUGGUCAGCACACAGCUUCGUCCGGCUGUGGUGUUCCUCACCUCAUCCGUGCUGGCCAUAAUGCAGCCAGACAGCGAGGACCUGACCUUCGCCUCGCCCGUUUCCAAGGUUGAUGUGGUGGCGGACCGAGAGGAUCCAUCGAAGCUCUACCUUAGCCUGAAAUCGGAGCAGAAGGAUGACCUAGAGGGGCAACUCAACUAUACCAACGAGCGGAUUAUGAAGUUCCUUAAUGCCUCCCGACUUCAAAGCAUUGCCAACGAUUCCCUAAACGACUUGCUCCAGCUCCACGAACAGGAUGUGGACGAUCGAAUCCAGCGCCAAUCACAAUGUAUCUUCUACAUUAAGCCCAACAUAGGCGAACAUCUGAUCCACUACCUGAAGGUAAUAAAUCGGAUAAAGGAUUGAUGCCACCCAUACGUGUCUGGAUUAGUCUAAAGUAUUCUAAGGAUCAUGUGUGUGUUAAAUGCCAAAAAAAAAAGACAUUUUUUGUUACAUUUUUAAAAUAAAAAAUUAAAGAAAAACAGUA